AUGGAAAAAGAUGAUUUUAGAUGGCUUGAAGGAGAUGGAGAAACAGAGGCCGAAGAGUUUACUCCUGCACCUUCCAGGACAUCCUCAGUGAAUUAUAUAAUAGACUCUACUGGAGGGAUAUUCUAUUCCGUCUUUGUCAUCUCUUUAGUGGCAAGGCUCAUUACAUAUGUCUUCGGACUUAAUCCAUAUGCAUUUGGCUUAGACUUCAACCUAAUACUUUUAAGCACUAUUGUUAUAUCUUUGCUGUUUAUCCUUCUUUCAAUAGCAAGAGAGACCAUAACGUUCAUGGGCUUGACUCUUGGGAUUGUUGAGAACUCAGAUGUAUAUGCAAAGAUACAAAGGCUUGUGAUGGUUUCUGUCUGGUUUGGUGCAAGUUUAUACUGGGUGAACUAUGUGAGAAUGGCCUAUGGGUAUGACCUUAACAUUCCUCGGAAGGUUCUUGUCUCUGGGAUGAUAACAUGUAUAGCAUACUCUAUUAUAAGUGUUGUUAUGGGGUACUUUGAAAGUUUUUUCCUGAAGAAGACACUCAGCACCAAGCUGAGCGAUGUACAAGGGACUGAGAGAAUAGUGUGUGCAAUGAAAAAUUACAGAUAUGAUGUUUCUGAAUCAGUGAGUAGCAGGACCCCGGAAUGCUCAUGCAAGGAUGUGUUUUGUUUUAGAGUAUCAGCGAGCAUUGGAAGCAGAGAGUCGAGGAAGGAGAGUAGAGAAGAGGGAUUUCAUUUGUUUGCGGGGGGUCUUGUGAUAAAUCCUCCUGAGAUUCAUGGAAUUAUGGAUGCCAAAACUCUUGCAAGAGAUGUUUUUACCAAAGCAAGUAAUGGGAAAGAUUCUCUCUCGUUUAGUGAUUUCAGCACUAUUUUCCCAACACCACAAGACGCUCUGAAUGCAUUUGCCUUCUUUGAUUCAAGUAACGAAAGAACUAUUUCAAAGAAGGUAUUUCAUGAUACAAUGAUACAUUUCUACAUGGAAAGGGUGAAUCUUGAGAAGAAUGUAAUGAGAGCAGAGAAAUUUAUUAGCAUAGUUACAAGUGCCAUCAAUACGGUUGUGGCUGUCUUUCUCUGCUUCAUUUAUCUCAUAAUUUUUGGAAUUCCACCUAAGGAGUUGUUAACAUUGACACUUAGUGGAUCUCUUGCAUUCAGCUUCAUUGCAAGUAAGAUAAUUCCGGAUUUGUACCGUGGCUUUAUGAUGCUUACAACACAUCCAUUUGAUGUGGGUGAUGAUGUCACAAUUGACGGAGUAGAUUAUAGAGUUUAUGAGUUUGGAUUGACAAGUACAUCUCUGAUUGGCGAGAACGGGGGAAAGAUAAAGUUUCUGAACAGUGAUCUCUGGAAGAAGAAGCUUGUUAACAUGACAAGAGCACCCGAAAAGAUAAUUAUGUUCAACUUCAAUCUGAAUCCUGACAUAAAGGUCGAGGAGUUUGGGCGGUUUAAAAGUCUAAUACACGAGUUCAUCAGGAAAAGACCCUUCGACUAUGACGAUUCUUUCUCUAUUCAGGCAAAGACAGAAGGUUUUUCAAGCAUUGAUGUCCUAAGCUGCACAAUGAUCCUAAGGUGUAAGAACUACAAGACUAAGUCGAAGAAGUUCGUUCUUAGAAUCGAGAUGACCUCGUUUCUGAGAUCAUUGGUGGCAGACAUGGGCAUCGGGGUGAAAUGA